AUGAUGAAUUUUGGUGCCAGGUUUCUUAGAUGGAUUAAAUGCUUUGUUAGUGAUAGGAAACAGUUCGUCAAAAUAGGGAAUUCUAUCUCUGGUCCGAUUAUAGUUUGUUCAGGUGUGCCGCAAGGCUCGCACUGUGGUCCACUUUUAUUCUUUUUAUUUAUCAAUGAUAUCUUCGAUGCCGUUAAAUUUUCAGAAUUACUUCUUUUCGUGGAUGAUUUAAAGGUGUACAAAGAGAUUAAGAAUUUAGAUGAUUGCAUGAUGUUACAAAGGGAUUUUGAUAUAUCUAGAGGAACUUUGACGAGUUUACCAAUGCACUUAUCUUUCGCUAUUAAAUUAUUAGUUCUAACUAUAAUGGCGGUACCUGCUGAUGUGUACAAAUAUGGAGCGUUCCAGUGGCUUGGUUGCAUUUCCAUGUUCGUAUUGGUUAUAUUAUCUGUUUAUAUUUACUUUCCCGUAUUUUUCAACCUUCAACUAACAAGUGCAUACGAGUACUUGGAAAGAAGAUUCGAUAAAAAGAUCAAAUUGUUAGCUUCGACUUUAUAUCUGCUGUGUAAAUUUAUUUUUCUCGCUGUGAUUGCUUAUACACCGUCGUUGGCACUUUCAACCUUACUAUUUCAAGUGGAGGUUUCGUACUUGGAGUACGCCAGUGCAGUGUGGUAUCCAAUACUUCGUCGAGAUGCCAAUCUCUUAGAACAAACGCAACGAAGAGCCACUCGGCUUGGCUAUGGAAUUCGUAGACCAUCAUACGCAGAACGUCUCACAAUAAUGAACCUCGAACCAAUUUCUACGAGGCUAAGAAAAGUUGAUCUCAUAACCACGUAUAAAAUUCUUAGAUCCAAGUUCAACGUGGAUCUCUCAUAUAUUUACAGGCUUCAAAGCGAUAGCAGGCUGCGAGGGCACCCUUGGGGGCUAAAUCACCAAACGUACGCUUCGAAAUGUCGUCAGUUUUUCCUGUCGAACAGGAUUUUCUCGGAAUGGAACUCUCUAGAUCCUACCACCGUUGCAGCACCCACUGUGAACAUCUUUAAAAAAGAAAUAAAUUCCGUCACUUUCAUUUAA